AUGUUAUUUUAUUCGAUUCGUUUCUGUUUUUGCGCAUUACGAAAACUAGAAAUCCAAUUAAGAAUCCAUUAUGGCAAAAUCGGUGCUUUUCCCGCGUCUUUUCCCAAAUCAGUUAUAAUCUAUCUAUCUAUCUAUCUAUCUAUCUAUCUAUCUAUCUAUCUAUCUAUCUAUCCCAGUUGUAUGUCUAUCAUACUUUACAAUGAAAAUAAGAUGUCGCCUCGAAAUAAAGGAAUUGAUCAGCCUUCAAUUGUUUCCUUAUAUCUUGUUUCCUUAUCUCGUGUUUCUUUAUCUCUUGUUUCUUCAUCUCUUGUUUCCCCGUCAAUUGUUUCCUUAUCUCUUGUUUCUUUAUCUCUUGUUUCCUUAUCUCGUGUUUCUUUAUCUCUUGUUUCUUCAUCUCUUGUUUCCCCGUCAAUUGUUUCCUUACCUCUUGUUUCCUUAUCUCUUGUUUCUUUGUCUCUCGUUUCAUUAUUUCUUGUUUCUUCAUCUCUUGUUUCCCCGUUUCAUUAUCUCUUGUUUCCCUGUCAACUAUUUCCUUAUCUCUUGUUUCUUUGUCUCUUGUUUCAUUAUCUCUUGUUUCAUUAUCUCUUAUUUCUUCAUCUCUUGUUUCCCCGUCAAUUGUUUCCUUAUCUCUUGUUUCCUUAUCUCUUGUUUCUUUGUCUCUUGUUUCAGUAUCUCUUGUUUCUUUGUCUCUUGUUUCAUUAUAUCUUGUUUCCCCGUCAAUUGUUUCCUUAUCUCCUGUUUCUUUGUCUCUUGUUUCAUUAUCUCUUGUUUCCCCGUCAAUUGUUUCCUUAUAUCUUGUUUCUUUGUCUCUUGUUUCAUUAUCUCUUGUUUUCUUUAUCUCUUGUUUCUUCAUCUCUUGUUUCAUUAUAUCUUGUUUCCCUGUCAACUGUUUCCUUAUCUCUUGUUUCUUUGUCUCUUGUUUCCUUAUCUCGUGUUUCUUUAUCUCUUGUUUCUUCAUCUCUUGUUUCCCCGUCAAUUGUUUCCUUACCUCUUGUUUCCUUAUCUCUUGUUUCUUUGUCUCUCGUUUCAUUAUUUCUUGUUUCUUCAUCUCUUGUUUCCCCGUUUCAUUAUAUCUUGUUUCCCUGUAAACUGUUUCAUUAUCUCUUGUUUCUUUGUCUCUUGUUUCCUUAUCUUUUGUUUUCUUUGCUUUUGUCUCUUUAUAUCUUUUUUUUUCCUCGUGUCUUGUUUUCUUGCUUCUUCUUUAUAACUGAUCACCGAUAUAUUUGA